CUAUUUGUUGUACGAUGGGAAGUGCUGCUCUUUCAUUAGCUGGUAGUUUAAUUCCUAAAGUAGAUAAAACUCAUUAUCUGGGACACAAAGGGUCUUGAAAACUUUGUACCGUAAUAUAAAAUAUCUGACAUUAUUUUUUUCUCAAGCGUUUCCUGUUAUCCAAUCAGUACUCUAGCCUCAGUACGGUUGCCUAGCAUUGGAAGCAAGCGGGAAGUAUGGCGGCAGCAUCGGUUGCGGAGGUUUCCGCAACGAAGACUGAGCCGGUAAAGCCAUCCACGGGCGCUAGUCAAGGUUCUUUAAUUAAUUGGUCAGGCCAAGGUUUACAAAAACUAGGACCAACUUUAUCCUGUAAUGCAGACAUACAUACUUUGAUUUUGGAUAAAAAUCAAUUAAUUAAAUUGGAACACCUGGAGAACUAUAAGAACUUGAUGCAGUUGUCAGUAGCCAACAAUCGUCUAGUGCGGAUGAUGGGUAUAGCAAAGCUGACUCAUCUUCGAGUGUUAAAUUUGCCUCACAACAGUAUUGGUAACGUAGAGGGAUUAAAAGAGCUAAUGUAUCUGGAGUGGCUGAAUCUGGCAGGAAACAACUUAAAGACUAUAGACCAGAUCAGUUGCUGCACAUCUCUUCAACAUCUUGAUUUGUCAGAUAACAAUAUACCCCAAAUAGGAGAUAUCUCCAAACUUUCAUCUCUAAAGACUCUGCUGCUCCAUGGAAAUAUCAUAACUUCGCUGCGUUCAGCACCUUCUUGUUUACCUCAAGGCCUGACUAUUUUUUCGUUGGCAGAAAAUGAAAUUAGAGAUUUGAAUGAGAUUUCUUUCUUGACCUCUUUUCCUAAACUAGAGCAACUCUCAAUUAUGAACAAUCCUUGUGUGAUGGCAACACCUAACAUUCCAGGUUUUGAUUACCGACCAUUUAUUGUCAAUUGGUGUCUCAGUCUUAAAGUAAUUGAUGGAUAUGUGGUUUCUCAGAAAGAAAGCUUGAAAGCAGAAUGGCUUUACAGUCAAGGAAAGGGAAGAUCAUUCCGACCAGGCCAGCACCUUCAGUUAGUACAAUAUUUGGCCAGUGUUUGUCCUCUUACUACUAUGUUUGGACUCCAAUCAGCAGAGGAUGCCAAACUGGAAAAAAUACUACAUAAGCAAAGGUUGCAUCAGAGGCAAUUGAUGUAUCAGAGCCAUGCCAAUGAGUCACCUCUAUCCUUAACUCUGAAUAAAGAACUACUCAUUAAUAAUGAGCCAAACAGUCCUGCCCAUGUACAACAAGAAAUAACUGAAGAACGUAUUGUUAAAAAAAAUACCUGGGUUGCGACAAAAUCCAAUGAUGACCAUUCUUAUGCAGUUAAAAAUGUUUCUCCAACUUCAGUACAAGCUGAAAGAAAUACUUUUAAGGAUUUUUACUUGGAUGAUAUACAAACUGAUGAGGACAAGUUGAACAGUAGUCUCCUAUCUUCAGAAUCUACUUUUAUGCCUGUUGCUUCAGGGCUGUCUCCAAUGUCGCCCACUUCAACAGAACUGAAACUUCAUGAAAUUGGCAUUGAUGUAGAGGAAGUGGAAGAUGCGUGCAAUACAUAUUUGGAAUUUACAAAAGAUAUUAAUAUUCAGAACAAAGAAAAGCAGAACAAUGAUUCUGUGCUUUUGGGAAAGUACACCUUCAAGUCAGCAGAUGUAGAAACUCAAAAUGCAUAUCUAGAGGAAGAUAUUUUCCCCAUUGCUUCUUCUUCAGUAAACACUGAUAUUGAACCAGAUGACAUUAGCAGUUAUCAAGUAUCCCCUGAUGAUAAUCUAAAGUUCAGUGACUUAAAACAGUCACACUCGCCUGAAGAGAAUGUUAUCAAAUGUGUUUCUGUUGCUAGCUCUCUAGAACUAUCUACUGAUGCAUCAGUUACUGUAACCGAGAAAAAAGAUGAACUUCUAGAAAUGAAUAAAGCUGCCACCAAGCUUCAAGCCUGUUGGAGAGGAUUUUAUACAAGAACAUUCCAUCCCAGAGUCAGGGAAGCACGCUAUGAAAUUCGACUCAGCAGAAUGCAAGAACAUAUCAUUCAUUUAACUGAAGAAGUUCAAAAGUUAAGAAAAGAAAAAGAUGAAGAGAAACUUCAAAGACUUGUGCAAGAGGAAGCUGUCAAAUUUCUUUGGGAUCAGGUUAAAUCUAUUCAGGAAUGGCAGCUUUCAGUAAACCAACACCUAAGUAAUAUCUGGAAAAAAGAUACUCCUGCGGGUAGCAUUCUGGGUCCACAUGAAUUAUUCAUACAGUCAUCCAGACCAAAUCAAGAACCUUCUCCUAUUGAUAGUUCAACUUGGUUAGGUUCAUCUUCUGAAAAGUUUCAUCAGAAAUGUUUACAGGAAUAUCCUGAUUCAGGUUUCCAUUCCUGUGUAUCAGACCAAAAUAUCCUUAAUGAAUUGCAGAACUCUGAAAAACAUUUGACAGAAACAAAUGAAGGCUUUCUAGGAAAUUCUCUGCAAACAGUCAAGCCCUGUGAAGAUUUUCUUUCAGGAAGCCUUUCUGAUGUUAUGAUCCCAGUUGAUCACAAGGAAUAUUGUAAAGAGAGUUUGAACAAUGAUCAGAAUAAUACUCUUCUCCAAGAAUAUUUAAAAACAGUUGAGGAACUAAAUGAUUCUGAUGAAAAUACAAAUUGCAGCAAUGGAAUAGAAAGUUGUAUGACCCAUACAGCUGUUUUAUCAGAAGAAAAGGAUAUUUUAUGCAGUGCUGUUUUAGUAUCUCAGGAUGUGCUUCCAUUAGCAGAAGAAGGAAUUGAUACAUUCGAUCUAAAUGAUAAAAUGGCAGAAAAAAAGACAAACUGUGAUUCUUCAUUGCAGACACUUUCUGUUAGGCUAUCUGUAUAGAAAGCAUAGACCGACAGAAAAAAAUUUAAAAGCCACUUCAACAUUUUAUAUUAGACCAAUUUCUCUACAUUUUUUGAAGAUGUGGGUCUCCUUGCUUUUAAAAAUAGCUUGUUAACAGGUUUGUUAAUCCUCUUAACGUUAGAUUUACACUCUAUUAAAUUAUAUCAAGAUAGGUUCAAAUAGACAUGGUAACUUAAAUUUCAUUUGAUUUGAUUGAAACAGAUUUUUAUGAAAUAUAAUUUUGAAGACUCUUUUAAGUACUUUCCAUAUUGCUGUUAUCAUAGCUGAAUUAAACAACUGUUUUCUCCAAGGAAACAAAGCAUGAAUUCUUAUUGUAAUAUUCAAAGAAAGAAAUAUAAAUAUUUAAUUUGAUGAAUAAGGACAGUAUGCAGAACUUUAUAUUUGAAGGCACAAACAUAGCACCUGUCUGCAACCCCCUAAGGCAGAUUUCAGGUUAAGGCGUUGAUGGCAAGUGUUAUUUUUGCAUCCCUACAUGAUCUGAAACGUAUUUUUGCCUGCUAAUCUGAAAUGCUAUUUGGCCCAAUGGUAACACAACAUACAGUUAAUAAUAUAAGAGAGAAUGUGUUUAAUUAAUAGUCUGAAAAUGUAUUCUGACACAGAUACUAAAUUAUAAGCUUGGAAAUUUUGGAAAUUUUUCAUUUUUUUAACGGUGCCAGACAGUUUACUCACCAUUACUCCAAGCAUUUUCUACAAACAUGACUAUUGAAUUUCACACAGCUGAGUCCAGCCUGUUAUCCUGAGGACUAUUUUUAUGAAGUCAUUUUUCUUUGUUUCAUUUACUGGGACAGUGGGGGAAAAAAAACACAAUGUAACCAAACAAACUGGCCUGAAGAGGAAGGAGAAGAGGCAACUUCUCACACUACAUUCUCAUGACGAUAGGAAUAAUUUGCCUAUUUUGCCAAGGUCAGAAUGUGUAUAAAGACAGUACAUAAUCAAUUUUAUACCUAAACCUAUUGCUAAAAUAAAAUUGCCAAACGUUAAUAUAAAUUAACAAUAUUCUGGCAUUCAUGGAGAAUGCCUACAUUCUACUGUUUACCACAUAAUGAUAAAGAACGCAACAAUUCUUUACAGACUCCACUGUUUCUAUCAGUAAAUGCUUUGUAUGUUUUCACUGCUAAUAAUUAUUGUCAAAAAUAAAUAUUUUUCUAUUCAUAAAUUCUGGAACAUUUAAAAGUUGUAACUUGUUCCCAGUAUUACCCAGUAAGUAUAUAAUCAAGUACAUAUUGUUCUUGGCUUAAUGAGUCAAUUGCAACUAUUGCCUUGAGAAAUUGUUAUACCAAAUACAGGAAUAGGUUUAUUGUGUCAAAUUUAACUUCUUUUUCGGACUUCAAGAGUUUAUGCUGCCAAUCUUAAAUUAGAAAACAAGAGCUGGAAAAAUGUUUUGACUGAAGCAUUGCUUAAGAGAUCUUGAAUUUACUACAACUUGCUUUUUUCAAAAUGACUCAUGGCAUUUAAAUAUGUUGAUCAUUUGCAUAUCUUUUUUUAAAAAACUUGUAGUGUUAUAGACUGCAUGUACUGUAUGUAUACAAAAUAUACAUGCUCAAUAUGUACAUGUUCUAGUAUAUAUCGGUCAUAGUGCUAUACAAUUAAUCUCUAUGUUAAAGCAGCAUAAAACCAAUGGACAGUUUAAACUUGUUAUAGAGAUAAGUAGUUAAAAGUUUAUUCUUUUUGUAGGGAGAAAUCAAAAAAUGUCAUUUUUAGAGCAUUGCAGACAUAUUUAGAAAAUACUAUUUCAAGGGAAUCAUUAAACGUGCUUAAAUGGAGUUUAAAAUAUACUUGUUUCAUCUCAUUUUCUUGAACUUCAUAUCUGUCUUUGUAAGGCUCAGUAUUUGUACCUCUUAGUUAUAAACAGUAUGUUUGUGUUCAUUUACUUUGUAGCUAGCUUAAUAUUAUUUGUCUUCUGUUCUAUAAAAAUGAGUAGGGCUCCAAACUUGGACCUAAGGACAGCACUUUUUUUUUGUUCACUUAAGUAAAAUAGUUCAUUCUGUAUUGGAAUAAAUACAGGAUAACUUUUUUUCUGCUCUGAGUAAAAAUUAUGAAGUUAAGAGGAAUGCAUUGUGAUUGUAAGGAAAUUGCUUUCUGUGUUUUGAUGAGGGAGUUGAUACUUUUAGGUAUAUAUUGCUGCAAUAUAUUGGGAAAAAAUUAAUGAAAAAAAUCUACAUCUUUUGCAAGAGCUAAAAGAGUUCAUGAGUCCAGUUUUCAUAGAAGCUUCCAAAUGAUCAUAUUGUGAUUAUCUAUAAUGGGAGUUUCAAAACCCACAUACACAAAGUGUUUAUUCAUUAUCAAAAUGAAUGCAAAAUCAAAAAUUUAACACUCCUUAUCAUUUGAAAAUGUGCAAGUGUGUGAACUUUCUCAGUUUUACAUAUUUUGAUUAUGGUUACAUGUGAUAUUUUUUGUUAUUAGAAAAAGUUACAGCAUUAUAGAGAAAAAAUACAUUUGCUUUUAUCUUGGGAAAUAAUAUAUGUGAAUAUUUAAAUUAAUGCAAUUUUAUUUGACUAAAUAAAUAAGAGAAAGUUGAUGCAUUAUUUUAAAAAACUUAAAUUUAUAUACAAAACUCAUCCUGAGAUAAAUGAAUUAAUGUUCAUUAUCUUAAUUUAUACAUAACAUUAAGUCUUAAGUCAUAGUUUGGUUUGUUUAGUUUCAGAUUUGCCUAUUUCGGAAUUCAGUGUUUGUACACCUUUUAGGACUUAGCAUGGCAAGUGAAUAAAACAAAUUAAGCUUUUCAAAAGACUUUUUUGACUAGCAUGAUCCGUGAAUCCUUUUAAUGAAAUAAGCAAUGGGAAAGAAGUAAGGAAUAAGUGGAAAAGAGGGACACGUUUUUUCACUCUCCUGUUUUUGUUAUACCUCCUAUAUGUCUAAAUAAUCAGUUCUGCUUUCUCUGGUUCAUAAUACAGAGUAGAAAUGGAAAGCUUUCUUCCUCCCAACUAGCAGAGAUCUAGACAAUAUAUUCUAUAAGUAGUAUAGCACAUAGUAUGUAAUGUAUUCUGAGGCAGAGGCUUUUUCUAAGUAUAUCCUCUCUUUAGGAAAAUCUUUUAAGUGGAGUCCAACGCUCCUCUUAAUCUGCUGAUGCAAGAGAAAUCAAUUCUCUCUCUCUUGUAUCUCUAUCCCAAAUGUUACAAAUUUGGGGACAGUCUACAACAUUUUUUUAGUAAGGGUAUAAAUGGCCCCUUACCUAAUUUUUUAAUUAAUUGUACAUUAAAUUGUGUUUCUUAAUUUUAUUUUCCUAAGUAAAACUUUGUGAUUACUGUUAUAUGAAGAAGCUGGUUUUUAUUGCUUGUGGUUGUGUGUGGUCUAUGUAAAUAUAAAUCUUUACAGAUUCAAUAUUUUGGCUGUAAUCUUUAACGAGAGAUUUUUUACUGAGAUCAGUGAAUUCUACUUUUACAUAAGCACAAUUUUAUUAUCUUUAAUGUAAGUGUAGUUAAAACUGAAAAUAAAAAUAUGGCCUUAUUAAUUUCAUAUCAAUCAGUAUUGAUAAAGUGAUUACUGUUCCUAAACUGGGUAAAUUCCAUAUUACCUCUUCAAAGCCAUAUAAUCUAAUGCUUCUGUUACUGAAUUUAAAAGCUUCCAGGUCAUUGUCAAAUAGAGAAGAGGACUAAUUCUAAAGGGGGGACGGUACACACUCUUAAAAAGAUUUUUUUUUUAAAAAAAUGUUCAUGAAAAGCUCUCUAGAAUGCAAAUAGGCAACAUGAUUGCAUACUUGACUGGUCAUUUGAUCAGCCAGAAACUCUUAUUUACAGAAAACGUAAUCUGACUAAUAGCUUUUAUAAUCUAGAUUAAAAAUAUAAUCUGCAUGUUUCAAUUUUUGAAAAUUUGCAUUUGGGAAUAAUUUAUUUUGAUGUAAUAAAGGAUUCUGAAUUAUGAAA